UCUUAUAAUGGAACUGCAACUUCUCGCGUCCCUGUACUUCAUGUGGGAGAUCGUAGACAGCAUUCAACAGUUUGACACCUUGACUGACGAGAUUCUUUCGUUUCUCUUUAAGUAUCAUGUAAGUAAGUUGACUCGUACGGAAGCUGCGCAGGUGGAGAUGUUAAUAAACGUCAUCACGGCGCAGAGGCCCAUAUUUAAUGCGUGCGACAUUUUUGUAGUUGGUACAAAACUCUUCGCGACGGUGUGCGGAACAAUUGUUACUUAUGUAAUGGUCGCCUUACAAUUCCAUAAGACCUGGAUCAAUGCGUAUAAGUAACUGCAUUUCACUUUUAUUGAUAGUUUGUUUGUGUACUUACUGUCAACAUCGACCCUACUUCACAGUUUUUAUUAG